AUGUUGUCAAUCUACUUCCUAAGACAAUCCCUUUGGUUAAAAUUCUGGAGAAGUUGGAAAUCUGAAAUUAAGACAGAAAGAACUGGAAACAGCAUCUGUGGAAAGCAGUACCAUUUAAAAAAACUAAAGCUCUGCUCUGUUGUCGGAAAUACUGGCAUUUUAGCGAACAGCAGUUGUGGAACUGAAAUAGAUCGGGCUAACUUUGUAUUCAGGUGUAAUCUGCCUCCUUUUGUUGAUUAUAAGGAUGAUGUGGGUACUAAAACGGAUAUUGUGACUUCCAAUCCAAUUAUCUCUGUAAAUAGGUUUAAAAGUCUUAAUUUAAGAAGGAAACCAUUUAUGGACCAUAUAUCUGCAUAUGAAGAUGCAUUUAUUCUGUUGCCUGCAUUUUCUUUUUCAUUCUGUACUUCAACUUCAUUUAAAGUUUUAUACACUCUGCAAGAUUUUGGAACGAAACAACAGGCAGUGUUUUUAAAUCCUUCGUAUAUGAAAUCUAUCAGUAAAUUCUGGAAAGAUAACGGUGUAAACGAGGGUUUUCUUUCCAGUGGUUUGAUAAUAUUAAGUGCAGCAUUGGACAUGUGUGAGGAAGUUCGGUUGUAUGGAUUUUGGCCCUUCACCAAGGACAUGAAUGGAAACCAAUUCUUCCAUCAUUACUACGACAAUGUGUUGCCAUCAAGGGCUCACAAAAUGCCUGCUGAGUUCUACAAACUAAUGCAGCUUCACAUGAAAGGCAUUGUGAAACUGCGAGCUGGUAGCUGUGAAAACGUAAGAAAUUGA